AUGAAAGAAUUCUUUGAAGAAGAAGAUGAGGAAGAAGAAGAUGAGGAAGAAGAAGAUGAGGAAGAAGAAGAUGAGGAAGAAGAAGAUGAGGAAGAAGAAGAUGAGGAAGAAGAAGAUGAGGAAGAAGAAGAUGAGGAAGAAGAAGAUGAGGAGGAGGAAGAAGAAGAAGAAGAAGAUGAGGAAGAAGACAACGAAGAGACAAGGAAUUCCAUUUAU